AUGGAAGCAGUCAAACAUACGCUCAUAACCUUUCGAGGUCGUCUCAGUGGUUGGCCAGUUGGCAGAGUUCUCGCUGGCGUCACAGCUGCUGGUUUCACUACCUUCAUCAUCACCCGGAAUUUCCAGACCUCAUCCCGCAUGUCCCAACCAGCAACCAAGGCAGCAUUCUGGAAGGCCGGCCCUAGCUUUCUCCGUCUACGACUGCACAGUUCUGAGCAGGUUUCGCCGACCUCCAAGCGUCUGAGGUUCGAGCUUCCCACGCCAGACACCAUCAGCGGCCUGGGCCUUUGCUCUGCCGUCCUGUCCGUCGCAUGGCCAAAGGGCAGCUUCUUCCCCGUCUUAAGGCCGUAUACUCCGGUGAGCCGGCUUGAUGAACCCGGGUUUCUGGAUCUUACAGUCAAGCAUUAUUCGGGCGGCAAAAUGAGCACACACCUGCACAGCCUCUCCCCAGGUGACACACUACUCAUUGCCGCCGUAAUCCCUAGCUACAGCUGGACGCCAAAUAAGCAUGAAGACAUAACUCUUAUUGCUGGCGGUGGUGGCAUCACCCCAUUGUACCAGCUUGCCCAGGGUAUCCUCAACAACCCAGACGAUACUAGGACCAAGAUCAAUCUCAUCUACGGCGUUAACAAAGAAUCCGAGAUCCUCUUCCAGGACCAGUUCGACCAAUGGCGGCACCAGUUCCCGGAUCGGUUUAAAGCCACCUUUGUCGUUGGCAGCCCAGAGCCCGGAUCUCCUCAUGAAAAAGGCCGGAUCAAUGCCGACCUGCUGUCAAAGCAUAUGGUGCUACCCAAGACAGGAGAAAAAUCCGUGGCGACGAAAGUCUUCGUGUGCGGACCCCCCGCCAUGGAAGCUGCUCUAGUGGGUAAGAGGCACGAUGGUAUCCUCAAACAGAUUGGAUUUACCAAGGAUCAGGUCUUCCAGUUCUGA